GGAUCGUUGUAGAUCCGUCACCAGGUCUUCCCACGACACGUUUCCGCCAACCCUUGCCCUGUGCAUGAUGUCGUGCAGACGAAAACCGGAUCUUGUGGAGUUCAGGGAUCAUUACCGAGACCUGCACUGCCAAAGUCGUCAUCGACAUCCAGACCUUGAAGAACACGACAUGACUGUGGUCGCGUAACUGAUCCAUAUCGAGAUAGCCUGAGGAACGUGAAGGCCAUAUGUUGGGCGUCACUGUGUUAGCGAGCUUGUUAGCGAUAACGAUGGAUGUGAAACGAACCGAAAUCGGAUCUCAGAGCGAAGUAUGGGGAGUCGCCUUUGCGGGCGAAAGUCAGGUCGUAGGGGGAUAUAGGAAUGGCGAAUUGCGUCGAUGGAAUAUUGAAGACGGACAGCAACAGGGUCCAACCAUGAGAGCGGGUGGCAGUGUCUGGUCUGUUGUCGUAUCCCACGAUGGCCGGUGGAUCGUGACAGGAGACGACAGACACAAGGCGAUCCUCUGGAAUGCAGCCACUCAUGAAAAAGUGCGCGAGUUCAGAGAACACAGCUGCAUUAUAAGUGGGGUCGAUAUCUCGAGCGACGGUACUCAACUUGCCACUGCGGACUGGAGCGACGUCCAGAUAUUCAGCAUCUCUUCUGGCGAACGACUCCUCCCCCGCCUCCCACACAGUCACGUUGAUGAUGUCAAGUUCUCUCCGGACGGCACUCGAUUUGCUGCUGUCUCGGGAAUACAAGGUUUCCGUGUCUACAGCACUGACAAUGGCGGUAUCUUGUUCGAUUCAGGUGAAAGCGGUGACCUCAGCCAAUAUUUGGCCACUCCGUUGGUCUGGUCGUCUGAUGGCCAACAACUGUUCGUCGCGAACAAAGGCAAAAUUAUCUGUCACAACCUUUCCAGGUCUUUUUCCGCAGAAUGGUCGAUCCACGAAAACCAAUCUCCGGUAUUUAUAGCAUCCGAUGGCAGAUUCAUUGCAUGUGCCGCAGGGUCAUCGGUUUCGCUAUGGGAUUGCAUGUCCCACAAGCAGAUCGGUAAAAUUAUCUCACACACCGCAAAGGUCGAAUGUGUCGCUCUCUCACCAAGCGGGCGGUAUCUUGCAUGUGGAAAUAGCAAGAAUAUCACAAUUCACGAUCUCCGAGAUGUCCUUUCACUUGAGUAUAUCAUCCAUAGCUCUUGUGCCCUACAUAACACUUUAAUCUGUCGUCAACUCUGCGCUUCUCAGCUUCCACUCGUAGAAAUGGGUACCAAGACCUUCCGGUUAUGGAUGCAGAACGACCCGAUGCAAACCGAACUACUACUCUCAGAGGAGAUUGCGAGCACUUCUAGCCCUAGCCACUACGUUCUAGCAAACCGCGCGCUUAUACGAAUACGACUGAAACAUUUGUCACCUGCAAUAGAGGACGUCAAGGAGUCCCUCCGGAUUCGGCAAUCACCGAUCGGCCAUAUCGUGAUGGCAGUUGCUCUACUUGCCCAGGGCGAUCGAGAGGGUGCACUAUGCACGUUCGACCUUGCCUUUCAUGAUUGUGAGCCUCGAGAUAUUAGAUUUCUAUUACUACUGAAGUAUAUUCUUGUGUUUGAAUCUGGAAAUCAAGAAGACGCGAUAAUACGUGUAGAGUACCUUGCCACGAUAGUGAAGAGGGACGACGACGACGAUGCCACGUACCUUUACAGCCAGGUCCUUGCAGCUAUGUACACUAAGAAGGGAGAUUAUCGACGUGCAAUAUCAUUGAUUGAGCAUACAAAGAACCUAGCCCGCAUGGACAAAGAAUGUCCUCCGCUAGUGACCAUCUCCCUCAUGUUUGGGUGGAGUUUUGAUGGACUUGACGCGGUUGCUCGGCAGCGUCUGUGUGAAACCCUUUAUGCUGAAAAAUGUGUAGCUGAAGCCGUAGAGAUCCUCCUCGACAUCAUCGGGACAUCGGACAAAGAGAUUCGAGAGGGAAAGGCAAACGUGGGCUGGGUUGAAGACUUUACCAAAAAAUGUGCUGCCACACUUGAGCAUAUUGGUGAUGAAGCCUUCGGAUCUGCACAACAUGACGACGCAAUAACGCAGUACUCUGCUGCGUUGUCCCUCAAGCCUCCAAGUCCUGCGGGUCUGUUCCUUAAGCGGAGCAGAACCCGUGCGGCAAAAGGAUUGUGGGAGAAUGCACUGCAAGAUGCAAACGAGGCAGUGAAAGUGGACCCCUCCAAUCCUUUGGGUCAUGAGGCUAAACACGCAGCACUUCAUGGAGCACAACGGUAUGAUGAAGCAAUUGAUGCCUUCAAGUCUAUGUUGCACGUAAUCGAACAGUCCCAUGAUCCUGUAAUCAGGGAACUGCGCAAGAACUACAUUUCUCCAUCCGAGAUAAUUGCAACUAUCGAUCUUGUCGUCCAUGGGAUCCUCAGAAACUGUCCCCUUGUUGUCAUUGAUGUCAAUACUGGCUGCCUUUGUGAUGGUCCUGAGCGGAUGUGUCUCUUCAAGGCCCAUCCAUUGUUCAAAGAGCUCGUUUCGUCCAUGACGAGAGGAGUGGAAAACGAGCCCGUCCUACGUGUGGUUUCAAGUUUUUUCGAAUAUGUCAUGCUCUCGCACGUUUGGCAGGGCCUGAACGAGCCGUCAUUCCAGGACAUCAAAGUUGAAUUCAAAUCCGUAUGGGACCUUCCGGACACGCCGCUGAAUGAGAAGUUGCGCAAUUUCUGCCAGGAAACGCGCAGACUUGGUUACCGUUGGGCGUGGUCAGAUACAUGUUGUAUCGACAAGUCCAUGGACGUCAUCCUUAAUCACUCUCUUAUGUCUAUGUACAAGUGGUAUGCAGAUUCGGCAGCCACACUCGUAUUCCUUGCCGACGUAGCGCAUCCGUCCAAGCCCAGGGACCUUGCACAUAGUGUCUGGAUGACACGAGCUUGGACUUUACAAGAGCUUCUCGCACCGAACGUCAUCUUUUUCUACGACUCUGAAUGGGAACCAUACCUCGGCGAUACUGACUCGAACCAUAAGGAAUCUCCGGAGAUCAUGGAAGAACUGGCAGACGCCAUCAAGGUUUCCGACGAAACCAUCGUUACAUUCUCUCCAGACGAUCUCGGGGUUCGCGAGAAACUCCGUCUUGCUUCGACGCGCAAUGCAACAGUCGAGGAGGACAUCGCAUACUCUCUCAUUGGCGUAUUCAAGUCUGAAAUCAGGCCUCACUACGAUGAAGGAGCAGACGCUCUCGGACAUCUUCUGGAGGAGAUUGUGGAUCGCUCUGGCGAGGUCACUGUGCUUGCAUGGUCAGGGAAGUCGUCGCCAUACAACAGUUGCCUGCCGGCUUCCCUUCCCGUCUACAGCCAAACACCUUACAGCCCUCCAUCACUCGAUGCAGGAGAAAUGGAAACAUGCAUCACAAAGCUACGUGACAAGUUCCCCAGAGAAGAAGCGCGCAAUACAUAUAGUAAGAUCAAUUGUCUUCCCCCCGCCCGUUUCGCAGCCCGACGUCUGCACCUUCCUUGCAUCGUCUUCUCUGUGAGAAGUCUUGAGAAACCGUGCGGGGGCAAUGAAAAGUUAUAUCGUGCCCGGGUAUCGGGGCUUGGCCAAGUGGAGUUCGUGACCGCAGACCAGCUCUUGUUGAAUGGGACACAGAAAUUCAUCUUUGCGUAUCCGUGGAUCGAUCAUAUCCGAGGUCCUAAUGGCGGGGUUACUCGGGGAGAUGACUCUGACUCGGAUGAAGACGUGCCGUCGCACGCUGUCCACAUGGCUCAGGUUGACAACUAUACCCGGGCACUGGAGAUGAUUGCUCGCCUCGGACAGCCGUUCAACGCGUUGCUUCUCGUACAGCAGUCGAAUGGAACGUAUAAGAGGGUCGCUGCCGAUCAGGAGAUUGUCGUCUCGGGACUCGGAACCAACAUUACCUCCAAGAACAUUCGAGUGAAAGUACUAGAAGUCCUUUGAAGUAUAUGCGGGGAACUGCUAGCUGUUACAUCUGCUCUGUAUUUCUUCCUUUAGCGGUUAUUUUUGUAGUCGUAUUUUUGUGCCAUUUUCGUAGUCUUUUUUCAUCGUCCUCAUCAUACCCCUUCGGACGUCGUCACAUCUGUUGUAUAUAUGCGUGGUCCUAUCCAAGCCAACUAAGG